GGGGCGGGACGGAAGCGGGCGGGGCGGGCGGUGCGCGGGAAGCCGGAGCGCGCGCGGGGCCCGAGCGGGAGCAGGCUUGCCGGCGGCGGGGAUGGAGUUCAGCAGCAGAGCUCGGCAGCGGCACACGAGGCUGGCCGGGGACAGGCGGGACCCGUACCCCCACAGCCUGCAGUUCUACCAGGAGCCUCCCACCGAGAACAUUUCCCUCGCCGAGUUUGAGAGCUUCGCCGUCGACCGCCUGAGGCUGCUUAAAGUAGUUGAAAACCUUGGUUUGAGCUGUGUAAGAACUAGCGAGUCAUACAAAACAAAGCUGGAGAAUGAGUUCCGCAGACUUAAGUUUCCCUACAAAGCUUUGGCUGAGGAUGAUUAUGAUGCAAGACGAAAGGACCAUAUCUCUCAUUUCAUACUACGCCUCGCUUAUUGCCAGUCUGAGGAUCUCAGGCGUUGGUUUCUUCAACAAGAAAUGGAUCUCUUUCGAUACCGCUUCAAUGAACUGACUGAAGGUUUAAGGCAGAAAUUCCUGGAGCAUGUUAACUUACAUUUUGAAGCUAUUAGUGAAGACCUGAAAAAUGAAUUGGCAAAUGAACUGUCUACAUCAACCCCUGGCUUCACUAUGACUAAAGUAAAAGAACAAAUGUUCUAUAAGGUUGGACUUUCAGAUGCUGUUGAUCUUUUUAGAGCCAGAAGAGUGUUUAUUAAGGAUGGCUUUGCGUUUGUGCCUCUUAAGGACAUCGAUGCUAUUGUUUUGAAUAACUACAGACAAAAGUUAUCUAAAGCACUGGCGCUGACAGCACGAUCACUGCCUUCCAUACAGUCUGAUGAGAGACUACAGCCUCUGCUUAAUCAUCUCAGCCAUUCUUACGUUGGUCCGGAUUACAGUGUACAGAAAAACACCGGGAAAAUCUCUCUAGAACACAUCGAUGCUCUUUCUGUGAAAUCGUUCCCGCUUUGCAUGCGCCAGUUGCACAGAGCCCUGCGUGAUAACCACCAUCUCCGUCACGGAGGCCGUAUGCAAUACGGACUCUUCUUGAAAGGCAUCGGUUUGACUCUGGAACAGGCACUGGAAUUUUGGAAGAAGGAAUUUAUCAGGGGGAAGGUAGAUGCGGACAAGUUUGACAAAGGAUAUGCUUACAGCAUUCGCCACAGCUAUGGGAAAGAAGGAAAGAGAACAGACUAUACCCCGUACAGCUGCAUGAAGAUCAUCAUAUCCAAUCCACCGAGUCAAGGCGAUUAUCAUGGGUGCCCAUUCCGCCACAGUGAGCCCGAGCUACUGAAGCAGAAGCUGCAGUCAUACAAGAUCCCUCCCAGCGGAAUAUCUCAGAUCCUGGAUUUGGUGAAGGGCAUGCAUUACCAGUUGGCCUGCCAGAAGUACUUUGAAUUGACACACGAUCUUGACGACAUUGGAUUUUCUUUGAAUCAUCCUAAUCAGUAUUUUGCAGAGAGUCAAAAGGUAUUAACCGGUGGUAGAGAGCUGAAGAAGGAACCAAGUCAUUUAGGCAACUCUCAACAGAAAAGCAAUAGUCAGGAAAGCAUGACUUCAACUUCUACUCCCAGCUCUUCAAACACAACAGCUGAUGCAGAACUGGAGGGACUGGAGGCAUACUUCACUGAAGAUUAAGCAGCUAUGUUUUUUUUUUCUUUCUUUCUUUCUGUCUUUCUUCUUUAGCUGAAUGUGUCCUUAUACUAAGGAAUAUGCACUUCACUACCUAGAAGACACAGGCAUUUAGUGCUUUGAAUGGGCUGAUGAAAAGAAACUUACCGAGGCUGUAAUCGUAUCCAGUACUUAUAAUUGCUGGUUUGGGUUACUGUUGUAUAGAGUGUGUCAAAGGAUGGGAAAUGAAAAUUCAUUCCCAAUUCUUAAGUGAUUUUUGCCUGACCUGCAUUUUUUGAUUUUGUUCAAAAAGUUUAAUUUUUAUAUCCCAUUUUCUGGUCACUUUUAUAUUACUCUUAUUAAUAAAUAAAUUGUAAAAUACA